GGGUCCGAGCGGUGGAGCGGCGAGCCGGACCUGGGUUGGCGCUGAGGGGGCGGGGAUUUGGGGCAGCGAGGCAGCUGGACAUCCCGCGCCGGGCGGGUGAGUGCGGAGGAGAGGUCGGCGGUGACUCGCUGGGUCUGCGAAGCCCGGCGCCCACAUCUGCCUCUGAGGUGGGGUCGCGGGGGCGGCUGUGGAGCGACCGACUGAAGGACUGACAGGCAGACGGGGCAGACGAGGGGGAGAAGCACCGCCCGCGGCCGGGAGAGCGGCGGAGCCGGACCUCGCAGGGCAGAUAUUUCUGGACCAGAUGAAGCCCGAGGAAUCUUCCAGCUGUAGAAUAAUAGGCCAGGAAGCCUUCUGAUUGUGGAUUUGCAGAAGACUUGCCCCACCUCUCCACACAAUGUCAGGAAACCACAUACCUUCUGCCAGUGGCCCCUUCUCAGCCCUGACUCCGAGCAUGUGGCCCCAGGAGAUCUUGGCCAAGUAUACGCAGAAGGAAGAGUCAGUGGAACAGCCAGAGUUCUGCUACGAUGAGUUCGGUUUCCGCAUGGACAAGGAAGAUGGCGUGGACCCCAGUCCCAGCAAGCUGCCGGGGGCAGCUCUGUUGGAGGACCCCCAGCAGAGGCUGCGGUGGCAGGCCCACCUGGAGUUCACCCACAACCACGACGUGGGGGACCUCACCUGGGACAAGAUCGCCGUGUCUCUGCCCCGCUCGGAGAAGCUUCGCUCCCUGGUGCUGGCCGGCAUCCCACACAGCAUGAGGCCGCAGCUGUGGAUGCGGCUCUCUGGGGCCCUGCAGAAGAAGCGGAGCUCCGAGCUGUCCUACCGAGAGAUGGUGAAGAACAGCUCCAAUGACGAGACCAUUGCUGCCAAACAGAUUGAGAAGGACCUGCUCCGCACCAUGCCCAGCAACGCCUGCUUCGCCAACGUGAGCAGCAUUGGGGUGCCUCGCCUGCGCAGGGUUCUCCGAGCCCUGGCCUGGCUCUACCCAGAGAUCGGCUACUGCCAGGGCACCGGCAUGGUGGCUGCCUGCCUCCUUCUGUUCCUGGAGGAGGAGGACGCUUUCUGGAUGAUGUGUGCCAUCACCGAGGACCUGCUCCCUGCGUCCUACUUCAGCACCACUCUGCUGGGCGUCCAGACCGACCAGCGGGUCCUGCGCCAUCUCAUCGUGCAGUACCUGCCCCGCUUGGACAAGCUGCUCCAGGAGCACGACAUUGAGCUGUCCCUGAUCACACUGCACUGGUUCCUCACGGCCUUCGCCAGCGUGGUGCACAUCAGGGUGCUGCUGCGCCUCUGGGACCUGUUUUUCUACGAGGGCUCCCUGGUGCUCUUCCAGACCACGCUGGGCAUGCUGCGGCUCAAGGAAGAGGAGCUGAUCCAGUCGGAGAACUCGGCCUCCAUCUUCAACACACUGUCAGACAUACCUUCACAGAUUGAGGACGCGGAGCUGCUGCUGGGGGAGGCCAUGCGGCUGGCCGGCUCCCUCACGGAUGUGGCCGUGGAGACGCAGCGUCGCAAGCACCUGGCUUACCUCAUUGCAGAUCAGGGCCAGCUCCUGGGGACCACUGCCACCACCAACCUCUCACAGGUUGUGCGUCGCAGGACCCAGCGGAGGAAGUCCGGCAUCACCUCCCUGCUCUUCGGGGAGGACGACCUGGAGGCACUCAAGGCCAAGAACAUCAAGCAGACGGAACUGGUAGCUGACCUCCGGGAAGCCAUCCUGCGCGUCGCACGCCAUUUCCAGUGCACAGACCCCAAAAACUGUAGUGUGGAGCUGAGCCCGGACUACAGCAUGGAGAGCCACCAGCGGGACCACGAAAACUAUGUGGCAUGCUCACGCGGCCACCGGCGCCGGGCCAAGGCCCUGCUGGACUUCGAGCGACACGAUGACGACGAGCUGGGCUUCCGCAAGAAUGACAUCAUCACGAUCAUCUCUCAAAAGGACGAGCACUGCUGGGUCGGGGAGCUGAACGGCCUGAGAGGCUGGUUUCCAGCCAAGUUUGUGGAAGUCCUGGAUGAACGGAGUAAAGAGUACUCCAUCGCGGGGGAUGAUGCUGUGACAGAAGGCGUCACGGACCUUGUCCGAGGGACCCUGUGCCCAGCUCUCAAGGCCCUGUUUGAACAUGGGCUGAAGAAGCCGUCCCUGCUCGGGGGCGCCUGCCACCCAUGGCUGUUUAUUGAGGAGGCAGCAGGCCGGGAGGUAGAGAGAGACUUUGACUCGGUGUAUUCACGCCUGGUGCUGUGUAAGACGUACAGGUUGGAUGAAGAUGGCAAAGUCCUGACCCCAGAGGAGCUGCUCUACCGGGCUGUGCAGUCUGUGAACGUGACCCAUGAUGCCGCACACGCACAAAUGGACGUCAAGCUCCGGUCCCUUAUCUGCGUGGGGCUCAACGAGCAGGUGUUGCACCUGUGGCUGGAGGUGCUGUGCUCCAGCCUGCCGACCGUGGAGAAGUGGUACCAGCCCUGGUCCUUCCUGCGCAGCCCCGGCUGGGUCCAGAUCAAGUGCGAGCUCCGCGUCCUCUGCUGCUUCGCCUUCAGCCUCUCCCAGGACUGGGAGCUUCCUGUGAAGAGAGAGGUGUGUGCGCUUGGGGUUGCUUCUCGGCCCCCCUUAGCCCGCUGUCCCCCUGUGGGGUCUGCCUGGGGCGGGGCAGGCCAGGCGUCUGUGGCCGAUCACCCCAGACCCUAGGUAGGCGGCCGAGGCAGGGCCUGGGGGGGACCCCGAGUGCCGGCAUCCUAUGGUCCCCGAGCCCCUCUGGCCUCUGCCCCCUCGGGUUCCCUCGCUGUGGGCUCCCGCACCCCUGCCGCGUACGCAGAGGCUGUCCCUGUGUGCAGGAGGAGAAGCAGCCACUGAAGGAGGGUGUUCAGGACAUGCUGGUGAAGCACCACCUCUUCAGCUGGGACAUAGACGGGUGAUGAACUUCCUCCCGUGGCCUCGUCAGGCCCGGGCUUCCCCCACCCCGUUGGCUCCCGAGCAGCCCCUUCCUCAAGCAAGAAGAGAACAGCGCGGUCCUGGCCGGCCUUGGGCCUGCUUGGGGAUGGGGUCCAAGGCGGCCCGGGCCCACUCCAGGCUGUGGGGGUGAAGGGGAGGCGACCCUGGAGCUCUGGCCAGGCACCGCGGCAUGGUGAGCGGGGACCCCACCUGGAACACGCCGAGUGUCCCCAGAGGCCAGGGGUGGCAGGAGCAGAAGGUGGGGUUGAGCGGGCUCCUUGCAGCACCUAGGGGAGUGCUCGGACCGGGUCUUUGUAGAGACCCCGGCCCCAGUUUCAGAGUUUGUACCAACCAGAAACCGUGUGAGGAGGUGGACAGCCAUCUCAGUUUUGUCCGCUUUUGCUCAGGAAGGGGAUGGGGUGGCUCAGGGCUCCUUGAUCUCUCUGGUUUGUCAAUAAAUUAUGUCCUUGGGAAA